GUGCGCUGCGGGCCCGCCCCCUGGCCGCGUGGCUGCGCGUCCUGGAUGUUGCCGAUAAAGUUGUUUGACGCCGGCCCGUCGGCGGGUCACGUGAGCGGAAAAUGGCGGCCCCGGCAGGCGGCGGAGGCUCCGCCGUGUCGGUGCUGGCCCCGAACGGACGGCGCCACACGGUGAAGGUGACGCCGAGCACUGUGCUGCUUCAGGUUCUGGAGGACACGUGCCGGCAGCAGGACUUCAACCCCUGUGAAUAUGAUCUGAAGUUUCAGAGGAGCGUGCUCGACCUUUCUCUCCAGUGGAGAUUUGCCAAGCUGCCCAACAAUGCCAAGCUGGAGAUGGUGCCCACUUCCCGGAGCCGUGAGGGGCCUGAGAACAUGGUUCGCAUCGCUUUGCAGCUGGACGAUGGCUCGAGGUUGCAGAACUCUUUCUGUUCAGGCCAGACCCUCUGGGAGCUUCUCAGCCAUUUUGCACAGACCAGGGAGUGCCUGCAGCACCCCAGCGGGGCUACCCCAGUCUGCGUGUACACGAGGGAUGAGGUGACGGGUGAAGCUGCCCUGCGGGGCACGACGCUGCAGUCGCUGGGCCUGACCAGGGGUAGCGCCACCAUCAGGUUUGUCAUGAAGCGCUGCGACCCCGUGGGCAAGACCCCAGGAAGCCUGGGCUCGUCAGCGUCGGCUGGCCAGGCAGCCGCCAGUGCUCCACUUCCCUUGGAAUCUGGGGAGCUCAGCCACGGCGACUUGAGCCGUCGGGAGGACGCAGACACCUCAGGGCCCUGCUGCGAGCACACUCAGGAGAAGCAGAGCACAAGGGCACCCGCACCGGCUCCCUUCGUUCCUUUCUCGGGCGGGGGACAGAGACUGGGGGGCCCUCCUGGGCCCACGAGGCCUCUGACAUCAUCUUCAGCUAAGGUGCCGAAGUCCCUCUCCAGCCCUGGAGGCCCCUCGAAGCCAAAGAAGUCCAAGUCAGGCCAGGAUCCCCAGCAGGAGCGGGAGCCGGAGCCGGAGCAGGAGCCGGAGCCGCCCGUGGACCAGGAGCCCGUGGACUGGGAGCCGGUGGACCGGGAGCCGGUGGUGUGCCACCCCGACCUGGAGGAGCGGCUGCAGGCCUGGCCAGCAGAGCUGCCUGAUGAGUUCUUUGAGCUGACGGUGGACGACGUGAGAAGACGCUUGGCCCAGCUCAAGAGUGAGCGGAAGCGCCUGGAAGAAGCCCCCUUGGUGACCAAGGCCUUCAGGGAGGCGCAGAUAAAGGAGAAGCUGGAGCGCUACCCAAAGGUGGCUCUGAGGGUGCUGUUUCCUGACCGCUACGUCCUACAGGGCUUCUUCCGCCCCAGCGAGACAGUGGGGGACUUGCGAGACUUCGUGAGGCGCCACUUGGGGAACCCUGAGCUGUCGUUUUACCUGUUCAUCACCCCUCCAAAAACAGUUCUGGAUGACCACACGCGGACCCUCUUUCAGGCGAACCUCUUCCCGGCUGCUCUGGUGCACUUCGGAGCCGAGGAGCCGGCAGGUGUCUACCUGGAGCCUGGUCUGCUGGAGCAUGCCAUCUCCCCAUCUGCAGCCGACGUGCUGGUGGCCAGGUGUAUGUCCAGGGCCGCCGGGUCCCCUUCCCCAUUGCCAGCCCCUGACCCUGCACCUGAGUCUGAGCCAGCUGCUGAGGAAGGGGCGCUGGUCCCCCCUGAGCCCAUCCCAGGGACGGCCCAGCCCGUGAAGAGGAGCCUGGGCAAGGUGCCCAAGUGGCUGAAGCUGCCGGCCAGCAAGAGGUGAGAGCCGCCAGCCCGAGGUGCCCACUCUGCCAGCCACAGGACCACCUCCCCUGCCAGCAGGAAUAAAGACGUGUGCGUCCCUCAA